AUGGGCCUUCUUGAUCGCCCAUUGAUCCCGUCCAGCCUUUCUUCCCCGUCUUCUCCGCUCCGCCGUGAAACCCUAAUGGUGGCGGAGGAGAUUUUCUCUUCUUUUUCAGCGAUGAAGAACGAAUCGAAGAGGCACCGUCGACCAUGGCACCAUAUUCAACGGCCUAUAGCUUCGAAGAACAUCCAAUGGAGACGAAUGGAAGACUUCACGGUUUAUGAUUUUCCUGGUAGGAUUUCAUUGAAAUUUGUCCUAGCCUUGAAAAAAGUAUCUGAUAGGUUUGAAGCGUUGAGUCUUAUGGAGAGGGCUCUAAAUUCCCAAUUUCAGUAUUUAUUGAGAGGAGUCCCAGACUUGUUGUUCUCAGGGACCAUUUUACAUCAGUUGCUGGUUCGGAAGGUGAAGGCCAAUUUGAAUAUGAUGAUUUUCAACUUUAAUGGGGAGGAAUAUACUUUUGGUCUGAAAGAGUACGCAUUGAUUACAGACCUCAACUUCGACAGAUUGCCUGAAUACAAAGAUGAAUGCCGAGCACUACAAGUGUGGAGCUAUGAGAUCAUUCAAAACUUGGUCCCUAAAUUCGCCACAAGGAAAGACGUUGAUGGCCCUUUUCGCCCAAGGAUACUGUUGUAUCAAUCGAAAAGGAAGAAUACAUUUCAGGAGAUGCAAUAUGCCUUUAACAGCGCUGUGUUUUCUAAGAUGGAAGAGUCCUCCGAGGAGACGUGUUUGUACAGUGGGGAGGAUUUUGAACACAUUAACAAUUCAUACGAUGAUUUCAAAGCAGCCAUCAAGCGUCGUAGCCUGCGUAACAUGAGUCCCCCGUCCACAACUUCAACACCUCCAUCAUCACCUGCACGUGAACCGGCACCGGCAUCUCAUGUUCAGAUAAAGGAUGCCGAACAGGAGCAGAAGGAGAAUGACAUCGGUCUGAAUGACAUUCGUGACGAAGAAGAGGAAGAAAAGCAGAAUGACAUUCAAGAGGAGCAAAAGGAGAAUGAGAAGGUUAAUAAUGGAGCCAUUUUGCAAGACAAUGUUGAAUUGGAGCAGAAGAAGAUUGAGAAUGAGAAUGUUGAGGAUCCGCCGAUAGAGAAUGUUGAGGCUGUUGUCGAGAAUGAGAAUGUUGAGGAUCCGCCGAUAGAGAAUGUUGUCGAGAAAGAGGCCGUUGUUGAGAAUGAGAAAGAAGAAAAAAAGGUGGGGAAGAAGGUUGGGAAGAAGAAAGACGAAAAUGACGAAGAUGAAAUGGAAAUAGUGAAUACUCCUCCUCCUCUUCCUAAGAAAGUCAUAUUGGUCACGAGAAGGAAUAGGAGGCCGAAGAAUGAUCCAGAUUUCACCGACCCCAAUCUGAAACAGCCUAAGUUAAAAGAUCCUAUCACCGUCAAUCCACUUCUAAAAUAUGACGAUCAACUUCUUCAUCAAUUACAAACAUGGCUUAAAGAUCCAAAAACUGACAAAACAAAAAUUGAGCUCCAUACUAUAUUAGGUGAUAAGGAAAUCGAUGCAGGUUGCUUCAUUCUGAGAAGAAGAGCUUGGGUAUAUCCAAAGACAUAUAAGAAGAACUUCUUUAUUGGAGAUUGUUGGCUCCACACCAGGUUCACUGCUGAGUACCCUGCGUUUAAGAAAAGUCGUAUUGAGUUUGACAUUGAAAACUUUUUCGAAUACUUCUUGGGCGAUGAAAGCAACUAUAGGAAUAGUUGGAAAGUAUGCGAUGAUAUAUAUAUUCCUUUGAACAUCAAAGAUGUCCACUGGAUACUUUGUGUUGUCCGUCUACAGCAAUGGCGCGUAGACGUAUAUGACUGCGAUCCUGGAUGUUAUGCUAAUCUUGAUGAGUUUGUGCUACCGAUGUGCCAAAUGAUUCCUGUUAUAUUUGACAAGGCAUUGCCUCUUGAAGAUAAACAAAGAUUUCCUCUGCUCAACCCUGAUUCCGUUUUGCCAUACACAAGACGUCCAGAGUCAGAAGUUCCCAAAACAACUAACAGUUGA